AUGGUGCAGUUGUUUCGGGGCAAUUUCGUACAUAGCCCUCAGAUCGAUGAAGUUCUGGUUCUAGAAGAUCACCUUCUAGCUGUCGAUGAUUUGGGGUACAUAGCCCAUUUCGAGGAGGCGAACUCCCAGGAAUCCGUACGACUGCGGUUGCAGCACACGCAGGUAGAGGUGACCCAGCUUCAACCUGGAAGCUUCUUCCUGCCUACCUUCUACGAUCUCCAUCUCCAUGCGCCUCAAUUCUUAUACCAAGGAGUAGGACUGCAUCUUCCGCUGAUGCAAUGGCUCGACGACUAUGCAUACAAGGCGGAGGAACGGCUUGAUUCUGACCCAAUACUGGCGGAGAACGUAUACAAGCAACUUGCCACCCAUCUCAUAGCCAACGGCACAGGUGCUGUUCUCCUUUUUGGCACCAUUAAGUCAGAAACCAAUAUUAUACUCGCUCGUGCGAUGCAGAAUUUAGGCAUUCGCGGGUUCGUCGGAAAGCUAUCAAUGGACAUCUCAUCACGCCCUACCUAUGUCGAGGCAAGCGUGGAAGCAUCGCUAUCAUCUAUUGCAUCCUUCAUAGAUGAGUGCAAGAAUCUAGUCAAGCAUUUACCCGCCCAUGAGCGGUUUAUCGAGCCUGUAAUCACACCACGAUUUAUCCCCACUUGUUCCGAUGCUCUCCUUCGUGGUCUCGGUCAUCUGGCAGCCCAGAAGGAUGUCCGCGUGCAGAGCCAUCUUGCGGAAUCCUUGGACGAAGUAGAAUGGGUUAAAGGACAGAGAGGCGAAGACGAUAUUAAUAUAUUCGACAAGCACGGCCUGCUUACUCCACGGGCGGUACAUGCACACUGCACGUUCCUGCCCACGUUAUCCUUAAUGCAUCUAGCCACAAGAGGCACAUCGAUUGCGCAUUGUCCUCUUUCUAAUGCGUACUUCUCGGCUCAGCCGUUUAGGUUGCGGGAGAGUAUACGACAAGGCGUUAAGGUUGGACUGGGUACCGAUAUCGCGGGUGGAUAUACCCUUGAUAUGAUGGACGCCAUGCGAAAUUCAGUCACAGUUUCGAAGAUGAGGGAGGGAUCGAGAAUACUCUCUGAGGAUGAUACCACCGCCGAGAGCAAGCUUGAUAUCGAUUGGAAGACGGCUCUCUACCUAGCUACUAGAGGGGGAGCAAUCGCUCUGGGAAUGGCACAUGGCUCGGGAACGUUCCAGGUGGGAGCUCCAUUUGAUGCUCAACAAAUACAAGUGCUGGUCUGUGCUGGUCAAACUGGUGUCGGAGGAAUUACCUUUUUUGACUGGGAAAAUUUGCCAGCCAGUGGUUUGACCAUGGAAGUUCUUGAGAAGUGGUGGUGUAUAGGCGAUCAUCGUAAUCGCUGCGCUGUAUGGACCCAAGGUGUAAAACGAUCAUGA